AUGCAACGCGGUGGCUUUGACUUGAAGUCCCACUUGAUACAGGUGCACGCAGACUAUGCGCCAGGCAUUGCCGCUGCGCGGCGAGCCGUGUUCCCCGCAGUGCGUUUGCUAGGGGAUUAUUUUCACUACAAGAAGGCGAUUCGUCGUCAACUGCCUGACAAGUUUCCCAAGCUCACCAAAGGACAACGUCGCACAAAGAAGUUGGACCCAGAUGUUGCCAAAAUUUUCGAGCUGUCAGACCUCACAAGGUGCUUGCCCACGUUGCAGCUGGCGGACGUGAUUUGGCAAGUCAUCUUCGAGCACUGUCCUGCAGAGGCAUCUACGUACAUGCAGCGGGAAUUCUUCUCGCAGGCAAGCGUCCAGGAUCUCCAACGACUCUUCAAGAGAGUUGGCGAACCAGCGCGUGGGGCAAAGAAGCUUUGGGUUCCAAGCUUCUGGGCAGGCAUCUUCGGCACGAUGCCCGGCAGUGGCGGUGGCACGAACCCACUAGAGGCUCGCCACUCUUCGUGGGAGGCAGAACUCAAGGGGCGCACGAAAGACGGGCUGCUCUCAGCCAUGCAAGGUAUGCAGAACCUAUACCGGAAAUGGAUUGGCAUCUUUGAGUGGGGCAAGCCGAUUCGCAUGUCUUGCUUCUCUACGGAGGAGAACGAAUACCUGCUGAACAGUGCCACCCUGCGCUCGCAGAAGCGUUCUCCGGCUGUGGACUACUGGAAGGAGCGUCACCAAGGCAACUACCAGAAGUUCCACAUUUGCAACUCGAUGGGAAGACAUGAGAGUAUAGCUUAG